AACUAAGGUCAUUGAGUUCAUUCAUUUAAGAAACAUAAGUAUGCAUUUUCAAAUAAGUUUAAACCACGAGAGCGAGCUAAGUACAUGAGUAUAUAUUUAUCAAUAAUAUUGUUGUCCACAAAUUGCAUGAUGGCGGAAUAUUGCAAAAGAAAAUACCGUAUUCUUAACCCACAUUAAAAAAAAUUCAUGAGUUUAUGAAAUAUCAAUUAAAUUGAGAAAAUCAAUAAUUAAAGUUAACUCUCUUUAUAAAUGUUUCGGCCAAAAACUAAAAUACAAUUCGUUUCAAUAAAUUAAAUCUCACGAGUAAUGAUAGUGAAGAUAAUUUGAUGUAUUUAUUUUAAUUUUGUUACUAUUUUAAUACUUUGAAAGUUAUAAAUUAUCACAAAAAUUAUGGCUGUAUAUUACAAAUAAAAUGGGUACUUGUUGUAGUCGCCACUCUCCCGAUCCUGGUCGUCAUAUGGUGUUUCAUCCAGGGUAUAAAAUUGAAAGUACGAUAGAUGUCCUUAAUAAAGGUUCAGGUGAUGUACGCUAUGUUGCAGAUUUAAGUCGACAACAUGGAACUGCAAGUAUUAAAAGACAUGGAGUUGAUAUUAUACGAACCCCUACAUCAACAUUGCAUUCAUCAUUGCAUAGUCGGAUUGUGGUUGCAGUGUAUAAUUAUCAAUCAAGGGAAAUGUCGGAUGUUUCCUUUGUUAAGGGAGAUCGUAUGGAACUAUUAGAUGACAGUGAACCUGAUUGGUGGCGAGUAAGGCAUUUAAGGACAGGUGAUGAAGGAUUAAUUCCAUGGAAUUUUGUUGCAGAAGAAAAAUCUGUUGAGAGUGAAGACUGGUUUUUUGGUAAAAUAUCUCGAAAAGAAGCAGAAAAACUCUUAUUAUCAGAAGAAAAUCAAAGAGGAACAUUUUUAGUUCGAGAUUCUGAACAUACUCCUAAUGGUUUUUCUUUAAGUGUAAAAGACUGGGAGGGUGGACGUGGCUAUCAUGUUAAACAUUACAAAAUUAAAACACUGGAUAAUGGUGGUUUUUAUAUUGCUACAAAUCAAACAUUUUCUAAUUUACCUGAAUUGAUAAUUGCAUAUUCUAAAAAUGCUUUGGGAUUGUGCCAUGUGUUAGCUCGUCCUUGUCUCAAACCACAGCCACAAAUUUGGGAUUUAGCUCCAAAUUUUAGAGAUCAAUGGGAAAUAGAUAGAAAUGAAGUACAACUAAUUAGAAAACUAGGUCAUGGUAAUUUUGGAGAAGUUUGGUAUGGCAAAUGGCGAAACAAUAUUGAAGUAGCAGUAAAAACUUUAAAACAAGGCUCUAUGUCAACACAAGCAUUUUUACAAGAAGCUUCAAUUAUGAAAAAGUUUCGACAUGAUAGAUUGGUUGCUUUAUAUGCUGUUUGUUCAAAGGAUGAACCUGUAUUAAUAAUUCAAGAAUACAUGUGCAAUGGCAGUCUGUUAGAUUUUCUAAGAAAUAGUGAUAACAAAUAUUUACAAUUUGCUGAUCUUAUUUAUAUUGCUUCACAAAUAGCCAGUGGAAUGGCUUAUUUAGAAUUGAAACAAUUAAUACAUAGAGAUUUGGCAGCUAGAAAUGUCCUUAUAGGAGAAAAUAAUUUAGCCAAAAUUUGUGAUUUUGGACUAGCUAGGAUUAUUGAGGAUGAUGAAUACUGUCCAAAACAAGGUACCAGAUUCCCAGUCAAAUGGACAGCUCCAGAGGCUAUUGUAUAUGGCAGAUUUUCUAUAAAAUCAGAUGUGUGGUCAUUUGGAAUUUUGCUAAUGGAAUUAUUUACAUAUGGUCAAGUGCCAUAUCCUGGUAUGCAUGGACGAGAAGUUAUUGAACAAGUGGAACAUGGUUAUAGAAUGCCAAAACCUGUUUCAAAUUUUAUACCUGAUGACAUUUAUAGACUGAUGUUAUUAUGCUGGGACUCCGAUCCUGAAAAACGACCAACUUUUGAGUUCCUUAAUCAUUACUUUGAAGACUUCACUAUUACCUCAGAAAUACCAUACAGGGAAGUAAGUGAUUGAAUAUAUUUAAAGUACACAUGAAUUUGUACAACUCUUGAAGUAAUGUAGAAUAUUUUAUUUCUGUAAUUUUCCUUUUUUUAGUCAAACAUGUCCUAAUUUAAAAUAUCAACUUCAUCAUUUAAUAAUAUAAUUUUUUUUUUAAUUCACUAAUAAAUUUACUUGUACAUAUUUUUAAUUUUUAAUUAUUUGUUUUUAGAUCUCAUUUUUUUAAAUUUAUGAUUUUGUUAUCAAUUAUACUUUCAUAGAAUAAUAUGCCAUGCUUAAGUAUUGUGCAUUUAUUCAUGCCAAAUACUUAUUUUAAUCUCUUCAAAAAUAAAAAUAUAUGCAGAUAAUAUGGAGAACAUAGAAUAGGUAUUUAUAUACCAACUGUUGGAUAAUUCUUUUUAUGAAUUAUCUAAAAUAUACAGGGCUAAGUAUGCAUUUAUAGCUUAUCAAGUAUCAAAUAUAAUUCUUAUUAAUUUUAAUUUAUAAUAUAAACUAAAAUAUGAUAUGAUAAAAAUAUCUUUUUCAUAACUUUUGAUAUUUUUAUACUAAAAUUAAUACUUCAGUAACAUUUUUAUUAUGAUUUAUUAUUAUCUUAUAUUCCUAUCUUAAUUAAACCAAAGUAAAAUUUAUUUUAA